AUGGAGGCCCUGGGCUUCCUCCUGCUGCGGCUCCCGCGCGGCGCGUCCAACGGGCCCCUCCAUGUGGGCGCGCCCCUGCGGCUGGAUCGACUCGAGGGUCCAUCCACAGGGCGAUGGGCGCUGCGAGGAGACGGGUGCCUGGUGCUCGAAGGGGACACAGAGAAAAGAAGUCUGCUGCAGGCCAUGGGCACACUGCAUGACACACACUUGGUGGCUGUGAAUGCCAGCAUUGUGGAGCUCACAGCUGAGGACUUGGUGUGCAAGGCAGUGCUCUCUGUGAGUCAAAGCUUGUGGGCUGGCAAGUUCACCUGGUUGAAGACUACAUCAGGUGCAUUUGUCUUCAGCAGCAUGCAUGCCUGGGAUGAAGCAGAAGAUGCUAUUGGUGCCACACCUCCAGGCGCACAUGAUGGGCACCAGGAGUUUACGCUAACUGCUUGCCUGAGCGAAUUGCCAACGUGCUGGGAGACAGGAAAGAACCGAGGAAACUCUGCAUCCAGUUCAUGGCUCGAGAGUGUUCCAGAACCUGUUCUGCAGAGGAUCACAACCCUGCUGGAUCCCCAUUCGCUGAGGGCACUAAGCAGCACUUCGCAGUACUUGCGGUUCAUUGCCGGGGAGGCGGUGCCACAGCUCAUGACGACCUUGUGUCCCCACCAGAGAGCAGCUGUGAGGUGGAUGGUUGCAAGGGAACGUGCUAGCGGCGAAGUGCCCCAUCCAUACAUCCGGGCACUCAAGACCAAGAGUGGACGUCCCUUCCAUGUGAACACGGUCACAGGGGAGUUCAUGCUGAAGGCGCCACCUGCUGUUAUGGAUUUCAGAGGCGGCAUGCUUUGUGAUGAACCGGGUCUGGGCAAAACAGUGACUGUUCUCUCCACAAUUGUGCGCACAAAAGGCACCCUCCCUGAGGCCCCUGCAGGUGCACAGGUGGUUCAUUUCAAGGAUGCGCAGAAUCAACAGGUGGGGUACUACAUGGUGGACCAAGAGGAGCUCCUCAUGGGGAGUGACGAUCCACAGGAGACGAAGCACAUCUCCUCUCGCAGAUCACUGCGCCUCAGGCCUUCCCUGAAUGGGAGCAAGGAAGCUGAGGCGACCCUCGUGAGCCUUGAGUCGCCAUGCACUAGGUCUUCGGUGCCACUGCCAGCUGCUGAGUCUGCAGUGUCCACACCCGGCAGUGCAGUUGUUCAGAGAAGUUUGAGCAGCCCUGGCAGCGUGGAGCGAUCGGGUGAAGACAGUACUGCAAUAUCAACGACAAGACGCAGAUUGUCUUGGAAUCAAUCCAGGCGUCGUGAUAGAUUACCAGGAGCACAACAAUCAGGGAGGAAGAGGGGAAGGGGGAAGGAAAUGGCAUCCACCACUUUGCCAUCUGAGAAAAAGGCGAAAAAGGACACUGGGCCACGGGUGCAAUGUGCUGCAUGCAGGCAGUGGCGAGUACUGCCAAUUGAACACAAGGUGGACAACGAUGUCAAAUGGUUAUGUGGAAUGCACCCUGUGGAGGAGUUAAGGUAUUGCCUAAUCCCCAGCGGUAUUGAUGAGGCCUCACAGGUGAUGGCAAAUGUGGACAAUUGGGUGCAAUGCGAGGGCUGUGCCAAGUGGAGAAUGCUGCCUGCAGGUCAUGAGAUCGAUGGCGAGUCUCCUUGGUUUUGUCGAAUGCACCCAGAUCCAUCGCUCAGAUCGUGCCGAGUUGCAGAAACAAAGGGUGCUAAAGGGCUGUUUUCCAGUGCCUCGGGCUUUGUGAGCGCAGGUGCCACUGGUGGCAAGGGGGAGAAUGUCUGUCACUUCAGGGAUGUCUUUGGCCCAUACCAUCACUGCAUGGGUCAUGCAGAUUAUGCCAUCUACUGGCUGGCAGACCUGGAUCCUGACAAACUAGUGGAUGGCAUUCGCAUUCCAAAUGCUUAUCGUUUUCCUGAGGGGUAUGAGGAUCUCUUCAAGGAAUUGGGCCUGCGGACCUUCCCUACCCCAAAGGGGAGGCCUUCCUACGUGUGGAAGCAGCUAGACACCCAUCGUUUCCUGCGCCUUGACACUGCAGCCAUCCGAACAGUGCUGUCAAGUUGGCAGAAGCCCAAGCAGUUGCUGGCACGUGUGUACCUCUCCCCAGCCACCCUUGUAGUCGUACCGCCCACCCUUGUGGACCAGUGGAAGCAGCAGGUGGUGCACCAUUUCAAUGGCAACCUGCUGCGUGUGCUGAUGCUCACGGGCAGCUCAAAGCAGCCACACAUCCACGAUCUUGCCUGGGGGGCAGAUGUCAUUCUCGCAACGUUUGGCUAUUUAAGCAUGGAGUGGAACAGGCGGACGAAAUUGAGGGGGAAUAGUCCAUUACUCCAGAUUCAUUGGCUCCGUGUGGUUGUCGAUGAGGGCCACUUGCUGGGAAACACCAUGGCAUUCACAAGCAGAUCACAGAUGGCUCGAAUGCUUCGGGCAGAGCGUCGUUGGGUGGUUACAGGGACUCCAACGCCACAGCACAGUCCGACAUCCCAUGUGGGGCACCUGCAGCCCCUAUUGGCAUUCCUGCGCCAACAGCCCUUCGGUUUGAACAGAAAGGCUUUCGAUGAGGCCAUCCACAGGCCAUUUGAUGCUGGCGAUGUAGUUGGUCGACAACGACUGAUGGCCGUCCUUCGCCAUUGCAUGCUCCGCGCUAGCAAGGAGCAGCUGCGCACACUCCCCACAGCUGUCAAAAAGACCUCCUUCCUGCAGUUUGCAAAGGAGCAUGCGCAGGGCUACAAUGACCUAGUGGAGGUGAUCAAACGAAACCUGUUGCUGGCUGAUUGGGGCGAGGAAGACCACAUUGAGAGCCUAUUGAGCCCGCAGAACAGCAAGUGGAAUAGGCAAAUGCUGAAGAACCUUCGUCUCAGCUGUGUUGUUGCUGGAAAUUGCAACCUGCAGGUGAAUGAAGCUGACCUGAAGGAAACACUGGAACUGCUGGCAGAACGCCAUGGGAUGCCUCAAGGAGACUUCUUUGACAGCCCACCCUGGGUGCCCUUUGGACACCCCCUGUCGCGAAUCGAGGUUGCACUCCGCCAGGGCAGCAGCUGUGACAAGUGUGGGACAAGGGCCCGUCUUCCAUUUGUGACGCCAUGUGCCCACGUGCUGUGCCUGGAUUGUGUCUCACAGAGCAGGGAGUGCUGCCCGGCCCCAUCCUGUGGAACGUCAUACAGGAUGCAGGGCACAGCCGACAAAGGGCGCCGCGCCCUGAACCCUAACCCCAAGCUGCCUGUGCCCAUCGAGGUGAUAGAGUGGCAGCCUUCAUAUACACAGAAGGGUGCUGUGGGGCUUGGCGGUGGCGAGUGGAGCCCAACCUGGGAGGAAACUGUGUCGUCCAAAUGUGACCAUCUGCUGCAGCGCCUCCGGGAGAUCGGGAUAGCAAAGGCAGUGUGCGAUGAGUCGAAUGAAGAUGGCUUGAGUGGCGAUAAGGAACAUCCAGGCAGUGGAGGCCCUGGGGAGAAGAAGUUGGCUGAGGGAAAUGUGGCUGUGGAGAACACGAAGGCGAUCGUGUACACCAUGUUCUGGCACCACAUGAACGUGAUCGAGCGGCACCUGCAGACCAAUGGCACACACUGCUGCACCCUGAGGAGUAACAUGAUGACAAGUGAAAAAGACAUCGAGGUGCACAAGUUCAAGACAGACCCCUUAAUGCGGGUGCUGUUGAUGGACGUGACGGGGGCUGUUGGGCUGGACUUGAGCAUUGCAUCACACGUGUUUUUGAUGGAGCCUCUGGCGGACCGCAGUCUAGAGUCCCAGAUAGUGUCACGUGCUAACCGCAUGGGUGCGAGCAGUACAACCUAUGUGGAGACGUUCGUAAUGCAAGGGUCUGCUGAGGAACUGCUGCUCGAGUUCUACCAACAGUCGGGCGAGUCACAAGCGGGUGGUGAGUCCGGAAGGAGACGGCGAGUUGAAGGGGGAAAGACCGGGAUGGGCAAUUACGUUAUGAAGAAAUUGAAACGAGUAGAAGUGUGA